CUAAGUGAAGAUGAUUGUGAAUUAUAGAAGUUUUAUUUUACUGCAAUUUUUUGCGUUUGCAGUUAGCACUUAUAAAGAAAUCUGUCAGGAGUCAUGUGAUCAGGAACACAGUAAGCAAGAUAGUCCUGUAUGCGGUGAAUGCAUCGAUAAUAGAGAAGUUACCUUCAAAAGUUCAUGUCAUCUAUUUUGUGAUUAUGAUUGUUAUUUAGUAUCUUCUGGCGCUUGUCCAUCGCAUAACACUGAAACUAGCACAGCACUUAUAACAAGUGCUCCUCCUCGGAAUUGUGAUGAUGAAUGUCGUAGUGUAGCCGUAAGUGUACCAGUUUGUGGAAAUUGCAAUGGACAUUUGAAAAUGUUUAAUAAUAUGUGUUUAUUAAAUUGUAAUGAAGAAAAUUGCGUAUAUAAGUCAUAUGGACAUUGUACACCAUCUACAACCACAACACCAGAACACCCGAUUAAAACUACAACCACAACACCAGAACACCCGAUUACAACUACAACCACAACACCAGAACAUCCGAUUACAACUACAACCACAACACCAGAACAUCCGAUUACAACUACAACCACAACUACAAAACAUCCGAUUACAACUACAACUACAACAACAAAAGCACCUACAACAACGACCACAAUAAAAACUACAACAACAACCAAGCAUCCAGCAUGUACUAGAGAAUGUCCUACUGAAAUAAAUCAAGUUUGUGGUUUGUGUGAUGGUAAAGUACGUAGAACCUUCAGGAAUAUAUGCUUUCUUCGUAAGCAAAACUGUGAUGUACCAACCUGUGUAUUUCAAUCUAACGGUCCUUGUAUUACAACAACUCCUAAUCCUUGUGCUAGAAAUUGUUCGGACGUUCAUAACCCAGUUUGUGCUCAUUGUCCUGGCAAACGUAUUAAUUUCAGAAAUAUGUGUUAUUAUAAUAAAUGGAAUUGCCCUGACCAAGGAUGUACCGGAGUCACUGUAGGUGUCUGCAAUCCCUGUGUAAAACCAUGCCCAGCUACUGGAGAACCAGUGUGUGCUAAGUGUAAUGGACAGUUAAUGUUGUUCGAUAAUUCAUGUAAAUAUGAUAUGAAGAAUUGUGAACUGAACAAUGGUUGUUAUGUUAAACUUAACAUUUUCUGUAAAUUUUUAAAAUAA